AUGACACGAGAGUUAUUCUCUGAGUGGCUACUAAAGGUGGACGAUGAGAUGAGGAGCGCAGGUAGGAAAAUCCUGAUUAUCGCCGACAACUGCUCGGCGCAUCUUGUUAAUGUCAGGCUGACAAAUGUACAGCUGGAAUUCCUGCCUCCGAACUGUACGUCCUUGCUCCAGCCACUGGACCAAGGCAUCAUAAAAAGUGUCAAGGCUCAUUACCGGACACGCCUGGUUCAGCGAUUGCUGAUAAAUCUUCGGAUAACGCUGCCUACCUCCAUCAAUGUGCGAGAGGCCACAGAAAUGGUUACCGGGGCCUGGUGGAGCGUUACAUCAACCACCAUCCAGAACUGCUGGAGGAAGGCAGGCUUGGUAGUAAUGCCAUCUGAAUCUAAACAAGGCAGCGAAGAAAGCGACGCGAGUGGCAUGUGGCAAGAAGUCGUCGAAAGACUCGCGAUGGAUGCCUCGGUGACGUUCGAGGACUAUGUGCAGUGCGACGACGAAGCAUGCACGUCAGCCGAACUGACGACCGAUGACAUCGUCAGUGCUGUUCGUGGUGAUAACAGCGACGAGGACGCCAAUGGCGAAGACGACGCCGAGACCGCGCCCGUUGGCCAACCAGAAGAAUCGCUUUCCAACGCCGACAUCAUGGAAUGCGUGCGAAAGAUGCGCACUUACCUUGGCAGGUGCAGCAAUGCCACCGAAGCAGAGCAUAAGAAUGUGGACAACUUCGAAGCGUUCGUCCUCCGGCAGUUGAGCGGCACCCGCCAGGCCAAGAUCACCGACUUUUUCAAAUAA